GUGCGGGCGGCCGCCAUCUUGGGAGGCGGGCCGAUGGGGGUCGCGGGCUGGGCCUGGCGGCGGGCGCUGCGGGCGGCGAGCGGCGGCUGGUGGCGGGCGGCGGCGCCCGGUCCCGGGGCGGCGGGUGCCGCCAGCCGCAGGCUCUGCGCCGGCGGGGCACCCAGCCUUUCCUACCGAGAGCUCAAAGACUUGAAGAAGACCAACGUCCUCCACAUAGACGUGCGGGAGAGGUGGGAGAUCGACAGAUUUGGAAAAAUCCCAGCGUCCAUCAACAUACCGCUGGGUGAAUUAGUGGAAGCUCUACAAAUGGACCCAAUGGAGUUCAAGGAGCAGUACAAUCAAAAGAUGCCAUCCAAGUCAGACCCUGUGGUUUUCUCCUGUUUGGCAGGAACAAGAAGUAAACAAGCACUGAGUUUUGCCAUGUCCUUGGGUUUCAGCAGAAGCGGCAAACUGUUUCAUUGGUCUGGCUGCUGCUACUUGCUUGAUAUUUGCCCUCCAGCUUUGUGUCAUUUGGAAGAGUUACAGAACACACUCCAUGGAAGCAGGCAGUAUUGGAGUACAAGGAGUAUCAAUCUGGCUCAUUGAAGCUAGAGUUCAGCAAUAUGCUGGUGGCUUUGAGGAUUGGGUAAAACAUGAACCUCCAGAGAAAAAAUGAAGAUGACUACCCCAACCCUUGCCCCAUCAAGGCUUCAGGAUGGUUCGUAGGUUUUAGCAUUCAAACUAUGUGUACUCCACUUCCGGAAUACAGCCCACUCCUGCUUUCUUGUGUAAAUGAACAUUCACCUUCAAAUAGCCAUGCAUAUCGGCUGCUUGGUUCAAAUUAUAGCUAAAGACUAUGACAUGAACUGAGGACAUUAAAUUUGUUCAGUCUUUACUUUGGGCUAUGUUUUUUGGUGAAAGUAUGUGAGGAGAACCUAAGUGCUUAUUAUGUUUACUAAGAUUUUUGUAUGAUGUAGUUUACGACUGUUUAAAGUAAUGAUGAUGAUGGGACAAAUAAAAUUACCCUUUCCCAAAUAA